AUGUUAUCGUCUGCAAGUGAAACAGAUUAGAAAGCACUUUAUAUUUAAAUAAUCGAUAUGUAUUUUAUUGUUAAGGUAAGGCAAAGCCCACAGUAAGUAGAUAAAGUCUAAUCUGUAAUUUGAAAUCAAUCUACAGUCAUAAAGAUAACGUCCGUCUUUUAUAGAAAAAUGAUACUAUAAAAGAUUUUUUACCAUUUCUUAUAUUGUAUAAUGUCCACAUCUUCUGUGAUAAAACUAACUGAUAAAUGCGUAAUAAUUUCUUCGUUUUCUACGAAUUUUUAAUUACAGAUCCACAAGCGAGAAAGCGGUCGAAAGUCGGUCGAAUUGCCAUGAAUGGAGAAAGCAUGGCUGGUUUUUAAAAUUAUUUCUUCUCUUUCAUUUUGAACGUUAUGCAAUUCUUCGAACCCGUGACUAAUCGUAACAAUUUUAUUUCCACUGAUAAGACGUACAGAAAAAAAUUUUAAAGCGUUAAAUUUAAAUUUUAAGCAAAUAUCAACUGUUGAAAAAUUUUGAAGUUAAACAAAUAUCAAUUGCAUUAUUUACGUAUAAAUAUAUCAUUUACAAUCAUUUCAUUAAGUACAAUUAAGUACUAAAGCACUAACAAUAAUAAAGUAUUAAUGUAUUACAAAAAAGAAAGGAAAAUAUCAUUCAUAGUGAGAAAAUGAAAAGGUAAAUUUAACCAGAUUAAUGAACGUUAAUAUUAAGCUGUUAAUGAUUAUUAACCUCAUUUAUAUAUAUAGAUAUACUUCCUGAAUCUGCUCCUGAAUCAAAGAGUAUAACCUGUGUUGUUUACUUAUAUCAUCAUCGCUGAUUGUGAGAUCAAAUUGCAUGAUCAAAUGCAAUAAUGAGUGAUAUUUAAAUAUAGAUAUAUAUAAAUAUAGAUAUAAGUAGUUAUGUAUAUAAUUAUAUACAUUACAUAUGUAUGUAAUUAUAUAUAAAUAUAUGUAGAAAGAAUGUAAUUAUGUAUAAAUAUAUGUAUUUUUACAGUAAAAAAAUUAUGAAUUCCUUGCAGAUCUGGAGCUUACACCUCUUAAGUAUAUAACUUGGACAAAUGCUAUAAACGUUCCAUACAUACUAGUAAACACUUGUGGUUAACUAAGAUGAAAAUUAUGUACCAUGGAAUUAUAAUAAUUCUAACGUUCCUUCACAAAUGGUGAAAUAAAAAGUUUUUACUUUUUUAUAAAACGUACUACUAAGAUAGCACAAAAGAAGAUCAUGGUAACUAUACUUCAAACGAGUAAAAGAAAAAACGGCGUAACAUUAAACAUUUUUACUCGUGUGAACAAAAAAUAACUUGUAGAAAUAUUUUUCAUUUCUAUGAAAGAUAUCAGAAUAAGAUACUCACAUUCUUUUUUAAAAUUUACAUUAUUUCAUUGAAGAUUAAAGAUUAAUCUUAUCAACUGUGUUGUCAAAGCGAUGAUUUGUUCUUCGACGUUUUCCAUAAUUUUUCCUAUUAGCUUUGCAAAACAAUCUAUCUUCAAAUCGAUAGAUCCUUGCAAGGUACAAGGCGCGUGCGCGUGCAAGUACACGUGUAUAGAUGCACGUGUCCGUUACUCGAGUCGGUAAUGAUAUCACGUACUUUUUGUGGAUUAAUAGGUUAAUACGUUAAUAGGUACAUCCGAGUUUUAUCUAUGGUUUUAUUCGUCAUGAGAAAUUGUCGCGGCAGACAACGUUGCCUCGAAGCAGGAGUUUAGCACAUUUGCUCGUCGUCGUUAUCAGAGUCAUUAACCCAAUUGCAAUCGAAAGCUACUGUUAAGGGUAUCGCCUUGUCUGACGGAAAAAAUAAAAGCAAAUAAUAGCUAAGCAAACAAAUACUAUAUAUAUAUAUACUAUAUAUAUAAUUAAUAGUAUUACUUAUAA